AUGUAUUUUUAAAACGUUAUUGAAUUUUAACCUGGUAAGUUGCUUAAUAACAGAUAUUUUAUAGAUAAAAAACUUGGCGAGGGUUCUUUUGGGCGUGUGUAUAAGGCUUUAGAUUAAAAAUCUAAUGAGGUAGUUGCAAUAAAGUAAUACCUUAUUAAAGGUUUUAUAGAUAAUCCUAAGUUACAAUAGCUUUUUAAUCAAGAGUUAAAAAUACUGAAGUAACUUAAUAGCAAGCAUGUAAUAAGAUACAUAGAUGAUUUUUCUAAUAGCGAUUCUCACUUCUUAGUUUUAGAGUACUGUAAUUAGGGAGACCUUGGUUAACUUUUAACUAGAAAAAAAGAUAAAAAGGAAAAUAUUUCAGAAUAAGAAGUUAUUGGUUACUUUAAGUAGAUAUUAAGCGGUCUUUAAGAACUUCACAAGCAUUUAGUGGUGCAUAGAGACCUUAAGUUAGAUAACAUUCUUAUAUCCUAAAAUUGUUUAAAGAUUGCUGAUUUUGGUUUUGCUAAAAGCUUUGAUAAUACAAAAGAAGUAACUCUAACUACUUUAGGAACUUAAACAAAUAUGGCUCCUGAAGUUUUGGAAGAGAAACCCUAUGGUAUGGAAGUUGAUGUUUACAGUUUAGGGGUGUUGUUGUAUUAGCUUUUAUAUGGAUAUCUUCCUUAUAGAUGUGAUAAUUAUGAUGAUCUUAAAAGGAACAUAAAAAAAAGUAUUUAGAAUAUUAAUUUUGAUGAUCCUAGUGUUAAAAUUUCCAAAGAAAUGAGAAAUCUUCUCUAAAGAAUGAUUUGCUAUGAUAGAAGAUAGCGUAUUAGAUGGGAUUAAAUAUAUUAGCAUGAAUUAUUAUAGUAAGAUUCUUAAGCAAACAGCAUAGUUCUACCAGGAAGUAUUAUGUAAAUGCCUAACCAUAAGUAAGAGGCUAUAGAUCUUUACCGAAAAUUUAAAAACUUGAUGAUAACAGAUGAAAAUACUGAAUUAAAAGAAGUUGAUGCAAAGUAAUAUCAAAAAGAUCUAAAUUUAUCUACUAUAAGUGAAGUUAGCUCAUCAAGAUCUGACGAUUCCAACGAUUAUUAAUAAUUAAAAAAGAAAAUCGAAGAGCAAGAAUAAACAGCUAAAUGUAUUGAAGAUACUAUAUAAAAAUAUGAGCAAUAUAAAUUAAAGCUAAUAUAGAUAUUUUAGACUUUUAUGCACAACUGCUAAAUAGUAAAAACAAUAAGAAAUAGAAUUAUACAAUUGGCUUUAGCUAAACAAGCAUAUAUGAUGGCCUCAAAUAUUAGUAAAAGCUUAAAAAAUGAUUAAAACUUCUUUAAAGUUCAAUACUUUGAAGAAUUUUUAAAACUACCUUUUUAUUAGUAAAUAAAAGCUGAACUUAUUCAAUCUGAAAUGGAUUUUGAAAGAUUAUACUUAGCUUGCAAGCAAGAGAUUUAACAGACUCUGUAAAACUUAUGUGUAGAAUAAUAGAAAAAAGAAAAAUUAAUUAUGGUUAUCAACGAGGAAAUAAAUUAAAAAAACCUUUCUAACAACAUCCCCGAUUUAAUUAAUUUAGGAAUUGCUAAUAGCUACUCCAAUAUAAAUUCAGAUUUAGAUACUUUAAAAAAUUUAAACUCCAACUUAUUAGCUGUUUAUUAUUAAUCAUUUAUACUGGUUUCAGGAUGCUUAAAGUAAGAAUCCCUGUUUAAAUAAGAAGAUUUUAACUUAAGUUAUUACAUAUUAAACAUUAAAAAGCUAAGUUUAGAAGAAUCCAAAAAACAAUUUGAUGAAUUAAUAAAUGAGCUCAAUAUUAAAUAAAUUAAAUUAUGA